CCACAGCAGACAGCACACAUGGACUUUCUUCUGCUCAUUAACACUGAACAGACCUCUGACUCCCCUGCCUAUCCAUUCAUGAAACAGGACUGAGCACGGUUCAUGGCAAAUGAUGCACGCUGCAAGCUGAGUGUGCGUGUAGUGUGAGCGAGAGUCAUUGGUGUGUGUGUGUGUGUGUGUGUGUGUGUGUGUGUGUGUGUGGAGAGAGAGAGAGACAUAGACUGAGCCCCUAACACGGAGCAUGCCUCUGCGUCCGGCAGCCGGCAAACAUGAGCCACCCAGCCCUCCACGGCAGGACCAGCAGCAGCAGCACACACAUUCACACACACUCACACACCCUUACACACACACAGCAAACGGCAGCCGGGGGGCCAGCACUGACAGCAGCAGCUCCCGGGAAGAGGACAGCGGCGUUCCUGUUCCUGUCGGUGUUCCGGCUUUCUGUCCCGGUGCACAGCGGAGCCACAGUGCAAGAGCACCCAUGGAGGAACCCACAGGCAAUACUGUGGUCAUCCGCAUUGGUAUCCCAGACCUACAACAGACGAAAUGUAUGAAAUUCAAUGUGGAUGCUCCUAUCUGGCUGUCCAAGCAGCGAAUCCUGUGCACUCUUAACCACAGCUUGAAGGAUGUCCUCAACUAUGGCCUAUUCCAGCCGGCUUAUAAUGGCAAGGCUGGCAAAUUUCUGGAUGAGGAGAGACAGCUAAGGGAAUACCCCUUCCCAUCCAUCGCUCCUGUACCUUACCUGGAGUUCCGCUAUAAAAGACGUGUCUACACUCAGACUCACCUGGAUGAAAAGCAGCUCUCAAAGCUCCACACCAAGGCAAACUUGAAGAAGUUUAUGGAGUAUGUGCAGCAGAGAAACAUUGAAAAGGUUUCAAGGUUCCUGGAGAGAGGCCUGGACCCAAACUUCCAUGAUCCAGACACAGGAGAAUGUCCUUUAACACUGGCGGCACAGCUGGAGGGAUGUGCAGAUCUCAUCAAGGUGCUGAAGAGUGGAGGGGCACAUGUGGACUUCAGAACAAAAGAUGGCAUUACUGCUUUACACAAGGCUGUGCGCAGCAAGAACCAUACAGCACUUAUAACGCUGUUGGACUUGGGCGCAUCACCUGACUAUAAAGACAGUAGGGGGUUGACUCCUCUGUACCACAGCUCGAUGGUCGGAGGAGACCCCUACUGCUGUGAGCUGCUGCUGCACGAUCACGCCCAGGUCGGCUGUGUGGAUGAGAAUGGCUGGCAGGAGAUACACCAGGCAUGCCGCUAUGGCCAUGUGCAACACCUGGAACAUCUGCUGUUCUACGGAGCUGACAUGAGUGCUCAGAAUGCAUCUGGAAACACUGCGCUGCACGUGUGUGCUCUCUACAACCAGGAUAGCUGUACACGAGUUCUCCUGUUCCGAGGGGCCAAUAAAGAGAUGAAGAACUACAACAGCCAGACUGCCUUUCAGGUGGCUAUCAUCGCAGGAAACUUUGAUCUGGCUGAAAUCAUAAAAGUCCACAAAGUAUCAGACGUUGUACCUUUCAGGGAGACCCCCUCCUACACCAACCGUCGACGUGUGAUUGCUGGCCCCCUGCCCUCGCCACGUUCCUUGCUCCGCUCUGCGAGUGACAACAAUCUGAACGGGGACCACGAUCACAUCCACAGUCAGGCCCCCCGAGAAAUCCGCGGCCGCCAGGGUCACUCCCCUGUCCCCUCACUGCGCAGUCUGCCAGCUUUCGGGCAGCAACACAGCAGCUUCGGAGAGAGCCGUCAUGGCGAGAUGCCUGACAGCAGUCUCCAGAGUACCGGCAGCUCUAGAUCCUCCCAUUCACGUUCGCCUUCACUACACCACAUGCAUGAAGAGGACAAGCCGAUUCCCAGAAGGUCCCACAGCCAUGGCUACCCUCACGGACACGGCCCUCGUGGAAGACUCAGCCCCGGCUCAGUGCAGCGAGAUCCGAGCCCCCCUCAUCACACACCUCCAGCGCUGACAGGCCCCCGUGGGCCCAAACGGAAACUCUACAGUGCUGUCCCAGGACGUACCUUCAUCGUGGUCAAGCCUUACACACCACAGGGGGAGGGAGAAAUCCAACUCAACCGUGGAGAGAGGGUCAAAGACUAUGACUCUAAUGACGUAGAAGUGCUGAGUAUCGGAGAAGGAGGAUUCUGGGAGGGCACGGUCAAAGGAAGGACAGGCUGGUUUCCAGCAGACUGUGUGGAAGAAGUUCAGAUGAGGCAGUUUGACCCUCGGCUGGAGACUCGGGAGGACCGCACCAAGAGACUGUUCAGACACUACACUGUGGGAUCCUACGACAACUUCACCUCAUACAGUGACUAUAUCAUAGAGGAGAAGAAUGCUGUUUUGCAGAAAAAAGAAAAUGAAGGAUUUGGCUUUGUCUUGCGAGGAGCCAAAGCUGAGACGCCCAUUGAAGAGUUCACUCCGACCCCAGCAUUCCCUGCCCUGCAGUACCUGGAGUCUGUGGAUGUGGAGGGAGUGGCCUGGAGGGCUGGUCUGAGGACAGGAGACUUCCUCAUUGAGGUAAAUGGGGUGAAUGUAGUGAAGGUGGGCCACAAGCAGGUGGUGUCCUUGAUCCGGCAAGGGGGCAACAGGCUGCUGAUGAAGGUGGUGUCUGUCACACGCAAACCCGAGUCUGAGGAAGUCAUUCGUAAGAAAGCUCCCCCACCACCCAAGAGAGCUCCUAGCACCACCCUGACACUGCGCUCCAAGUCCAUGACCGCUGAGCUCGAGGAACUGGCUUCUGCUCGGAGGAGAAGAGGAGAGAGACUAGACGAGAUGUUGGCAUCCCAAGAGUCUAUGUUACGUUCUCAGCCCUCGGAGGCAGAUUACAGAGCAGCCACUGUCAAACAACGGCCUACCAGCAGGAGAAUAACACCAGCAGAGAUCAGUUCACUGUUUGAGAGACAGGGGAUGACUCUACAUGGAGGUCUUCACCCAGGCAUGGAGAGAGGUCACAUACCACUACCAAAGGGGAUGUCCAGGACCAAGUCUUUUGGUGCCACUGAGGAGGAUCGACUGUCUGCCCUGGCAGGCGAGCACCGAUUUCCCCGUAGUUCCUCUAUGACAGACAGCCUCCGAGACCACUCGCAGCCCCAUCCCAUCCCGCCACCUCCACAGACAGCACCUCCUCCUCCUCCUUACUACCUAGACACUGGUCCUCCCCCAGCCUUUUGCCCCCCUCCUCCCCCAUCUAGGACUCAAAGUCAGGGCCAUGAGCCUGGAGGACGCUCCAGCUUCAAGCCCUCCUCCUUGGACCUGCCUUACGAGGCCGCUCAGCGGCAGGCCACACACUUAGAGAGACAGAAAAAAGCCCGUUCCAUGAUCAUCCUCCAGGACUCUUCCCAUCUGCCCGUAGAACCUACAGAAAUCCCCCGUCCCUCUGCUGCUACUCCACCUGAGCGCAUCAAAAGGAAGGGUCGGGUUAUUGACAACCCUUAUGCUAAUGUGGGUCAAUUUAGUAUUGGACUGUACACACCUACCAAGCCCCAGAGGAAGAAAAGUCCCCUGGUAAAACAACUACAGGUGGAAGAUGCACAAGAAAAAGCUAGUUUGGCCUUAGCUGCUGCCCACUCCCGAGACAGUUCACCCUCAGGACGACACCAACAUACCCAUGGGCACACACACACCAGCCGUGCAGACUACUACCAGCAGCAGCUGAUGGCAGAGCGAGAACGUAUGCGUGCCCAGGGAGAGAUGAUGUUUCAGGGUAAGGGCCCCUUUGCUGCAGCAAUUGCUGGAGCAGUAAAAGAUCGUGAGCGCCGCCUAGAAGAACGGAGGAAAUCCACAGUCUUCCUUUCUGUUGGUACCAUGGAGGGGGCAUCUUCCACCAGCUGCGAUGCCCCCUCUCUGACUCAGUCUCACUCCAUCGAUGAGCGAUUGCUCACCAGAGAGCUGGGUCACCUGCCUCCCCCUGCCUUGGCCCUGAGCCCCUCACCUAGUGGGACCACUUUCAUUCAUCCGCUCACAGGAAAACCCCUGGACCCAAACUCACCACUGGCUCUUGCGCUGGCCGCAAGGGAGAGGGCACUGACCCAGUCCCCAACUAGCAGCCCAGAGCCUAGGACUAAACAGGAGCGGGUAGGCCAGGGCAUAAUAUUCAUUGACACUCAGACCAAAGAGUCUCCACAUGAAGGGGCACCUACAUCUCCCCCUUUCUCUCCCAAAAGCACCAAGGCAGCAGGGUAUGGAGUUGGAUCCUCCCCAGCAUCAAUUUUAGUUCACCAGCCCACUAAACAGUGGGCCCCAUCACAGUCACCUGUAUCGUUCCGACAGGAGAUGGAGGCCAGAGUAGAGGAGAGAAAGGAGGAGAAGAGACUAGAGGAUAAAAAAAGUAUGUUGAUCAGUAUUAUGGAUACAUCGCAGCAGAAGACAGCAGGACUAAUUAUGGUUCAUGCCACCAGUAAUGGCCAGGCUGUUGGGGUAGGCUCAGAACUAGAACAGACCCCUGCCCCAGCUUCAAUUGAGCCCAGCAAAUCUCCAAGUCCACGGGCUAAAUCUCCCAGUCCCACAGUCUCCCAGCCCAAGGUCCUGCCUCAAACUCAGCGUCCUGCAAGUCCUGCCCAAGAGAAGAGUCUGGUUCAGGGAAGCUCCGAGGAGGAUGUGGAUCCGUACACAGUGACCCUGCCUCCGGUAAUUUUGUCCUCAAGUGAUGAGGAAACAAGAGAGGAGCUACGGAAGAUUGGAGUCGUUCCACCACCAGAUGAGUUUGCCAAUGGGCUACUGGCACGGGCAAAGGAGACUCCAGUGUCCCCAGCUAAACCUGCCACCCCUCCCAAAGCCCCUGCAACACCAACAUCCCAAACUCCCUCUACCCCAACAACCCCAACUGUGACCCCCACCCAGCCUCAGGCUCCCCAGCCCCCACCGCAACCCAGUGCAGCAGCUGUCUCAGGGAAGACCUCUGACCCUCGGGAGCCCCCACCGGUGGGCGAGUCUGGCUCUGCGGCCGACUCAGGCGUGGAGGAGGCUGACACGCGCAGCUCAAGUGACAGAGAGCGAGACCACCAUCUCGAGACCACCAGCACCGUCUCCACAGUAUCCAGCAUGUCCACGUUGUCCUCAGAAAGCGGCGAGCCUGCCGACACUCACACCACGCACACCUCCUAUGCCGAAGGGCAGACUUUUGUGCUCGACAAGCCGCCAGUGCCUCCUAAACCUCGACUCAAGUCCCAGAUAGGUGGCAGUAAAGGCCCUGUCACCUUCAGGGACCCUCUGCUGAAGCAGAGCUCUGACAGCGAGCUGCUGUCACAGCAACAGGCUGCUGCCUUGGCUGCUGCUGCGGCAGGAGGAGCUGGGCUCCCCUCAGGUGGUUCAGCCUCAGUGACUGGACUAGCUCCUACCAAGCCGCGCUACCUCUUCCAGCGGAGGUCCAAGCUAUGGGGGGACCCAGUGGAGCCCCGUGGGCCAGGCGUGGGGCUAGGUAUUGGGAGUUUGGGCAAUCUUGGUGGGCUCGGACUGGGGCUGGGUGCAGAUGAGGGAGCAAAACCAUCUGUUAUAGGGGAGCUCAGUUCACGACUCCAGCAGCUAAAUAAAGACACUAGGUCACUAGGAGAGGAACCACUGGGCGCAUCACUUGACCCAGGGAGGAAGUCACCUGUGGCAGGUGCCAGACUUUUCAGCAGCCUAGGCGAGCUCCACACCAUUUCUCAAAGAAGUUACGGCACCACAUUCACCAUCCGCCCUGGUAGCCGUUACCCCGUCAGCCGACGCACCCUCAGCCCAGGUUCAGGCUCGCCUGAUCGGGGCGACCCUCUUGGAAGAUUUUCAGGCUACGGCCUGCCCCCCUCACCAACAACACCACCACAAACCAUCCUCAAAUCCUCCAGCCUCAGCCUGCCCCAGGAGCCUAAAGAGGUCCGCUUUGUCAUGAGGAGCUCCAGCGCCCGUUCCCGCUCUCGCUCCCCUUCCCCGUCACCCUCCCAUUCACCAGGGCUCGGGUCACCACUUUUAGCCCUGCGGCCCUUCCACCAAAAACCCCUCCACCUCUGGAACAAGUACGACGUCGGAGACUGGCUGGAUAGCAUCAACCUGGGUGAGCACAGAGCAGGGUUUCAGGAACACGAGAUCGAAGGCUCUCAUCUUCCAGCUCUGACCAAGGACGACUUUGCAGAACUGGGAGUGACACGAGUUGGACAUCGCAUGAACAUUGAACGAGCACUAAAACUGCUGCUGGAGAGCUGACCCCUGCCUGGGGACAGAGCAACAGUUGGAGAGGAAGAUUUGGAUUGAACUGGGAAGAUACAGAGCUAAUGAAAAGACAGAAAAGAGAACAGAUAAUUACCGCUCCUCUUUUACUCUGGCUGCUUUUAUUUUCUGCAUCACUAAUGUUUACUUGUGGUCCUUAGUGACACUUUUCCUUCCCAUCCUGCAUAAAUACCCUGCACCUGGUGCUGCACUGAAGACGAGGAGUCAACACUCUACUCGGCCCUUUGUAUCGGCCCACCUCCUCGCCCACAGCCAAUCAGAUCAGACUUCAAAAUGGGCUCUGGUGUUUCUUUGACGAGGAGAAUUACAUGAGCUCCAAUUUAACAUUUGAUUUGUGAAAGCUUCAGUUGGUCCCUGACUAACACCCACACUUUCUCUGUCCCUGUUCCCUCCUCUCCUUCUCUACCUCUAUCCCGCCAUCCACCAGGCCUCUGAAAGCCUUCGCAGUUUGAGUAAAGGAGGAGGAGGAAGAGAUUUUGUUCCAAACACAGAGCUCAGUUGCCUUUCAAAUAAUUUCUACAGUGAUGAACACGGGACUAAGGACGUAGUGUUGACACAGCUCUGACGAGGUGUGUCGUCUCUAUAACCUGCUGUUGUUUUUAAACCGAAGACUUUCGAGCCCAGAGGUGGAGCUCCACCAAGUAAACCACGGGAGAAAACCCCUCCGCCUUGGUACCCAGACUGUGCUAUCUAUUAUAUUUGGAGAAUGUUUAACCAACACUCGUGGCUUUUUUCAUAAUCAAUUUUUUGGUUUUUCCAAAGGGAAUAUUAUAUAUAGGUAUUAUAUAAUAUGAUAUAUAUGUAUCUAAAUAUAGCUUUCAGAAGAAAAGACAAUGUUGCAAAGAGGAAAUGUAAUAAAUUAAUCUUCGCCUGUUUUUGGUUUUUAGUAUAGAGGGCAAAGAGAAAUCUUUAAAUUUAUUCCACCAAUAGUUUACUCAUUUCUACCAAUUAUAUACAUAUAUAUAAAUAUAUAUAUUUGAAAGAAAAAAGUAUAUAGAUAUGGAAAUGAAUUUUUUGUCAUAGGUAUACAAUUUUCCUUAUGGUCACCCUAUCUUGAACCGUAGCAUGACGAGUUGCAUCAUGGUCUUGAACAGAGAGUUUGUCGUUUGUUUUUAUUUUUCUUACAGUCUUCCUUCAUACUAAAGGGCAUCCCGUAAUGUGAGGCUGAGGCCGCAGGUGACACCCAUCCCCACCGCCCCUUCUGCUACAGAGCUCACCAGCGUCUCGGAUUUAUCCAACUGAUGAGCCAAGGAGUUUGAAAAAAAAAAUGGGGGGGGCGCUCUUCAUCUUAUGCCUGUUAACCACUCAGGGAUGGAAGUUUGGGGCACUAGCAUGGAGAGGUUUUGACUCUUAUCAUCAUUUCAAAUUCUUACCUGUAAGGCAGUUUUAACACCACAGCAUUCUGAAAAAUGUUAGACGACUAGUAAAGAAAUUUCCAUCCCUGCAACCCCUGAGGAUGCUUCUCAGACUGAGCUGCACAAGGUCUGAAAGCAGGUCAGGAAAAGGAAACAUUGGGGUUUUCCUCAUCAUCUGCAGAGAGGAAAUGACCGUGGACGUACUGCACGGCAGAAAUCUUUUUAAGAUUUCAUUUUCCUAGAUAAGGAAACCAGUUAAGUGUGUGAACCUGACCAAAUUUAUUAUUUUCCUUUAAAAUCGAACCAACAAAAAGUUGCCACACAAGGGCUUAAGUGACCUGGACGUACAGAAUCUGAAAAGAGACGACUGGAAACGUGUCUGUAGCUCAUCAGGCCCUGGGGAUGGGAACACUUCUGUAAGGUCUUAAAGAAAAUUCUGUAUUUUUACAACCUGGCAGUGUCUUGCUACAUCGCUGCUUCUCUGUAUCUCUGCAAUUUACUUCGUGAGUAAAAUAUUAUCAUUAACAGCAGCAGCCAGAACUUUUAACAUAAGACCCAGGUUGUAAAUGUAAAAAAAAACAACAAAGGAACAGAAACUGAAUUUUCCUUUAACAAUAUAAAAUCUAUAAUUGUACUCAUGAGUAGCUUCUGCUGGCAGUGAGAAACAGUGAGUUUUAUUCACGACAACAACAACAAAGCAUUUUAUCCAUUUUCUCUAUUACCACAAAACAACCUCCAUACAUCAGCAGGACGCCACGGCACUUCUUCGUGGCGAUGAGUUGUGUACAUUUCUCUUUUCUCUUCUUUUGAACAGUUUGUAAAAGCAGGUGGUGAAUAUAACGUGGUAUCUGGGUUGUAGGAAUAGCACUCACUGCCUCACUGUGACCUCACUGAUUAUUUUAAUUUCUGACUCCAGUGUUUCGUCCGCAAACUCAUUUGGACUUUUUUUUUGUUAAGGGUUCUUUGAUUAUUUUAUUUUUUUUGUGUUGAUUUGUUACCCUCAGACACUGGGGGUAGAUUUUGUAGCGUGUGAAACAUGAUACUUAAAUUUCUUCACUCAUUUGAAUUUUAGAGUGACAGAAAAAGAAAAAAAACUGAUAUCCUGUCCAUUCUAAAACAUACUUACACUUGUAAAAAUGAACAAACUACAAAUGUUUCUUCUUUUUUUUUUUUUUUAAAAGAUCACAAGCAAUGUAUAUAUGAUAGAUUUCAUAUAAAUUUUUGAAAAACAAAAAGUAUAUAGAUCUAUAUAUGAAUGUUUGGCAUAUAUGCAUAGUUAACCACCUGUGGAAAAGGUGAGCAGAUUUUAUUCUUUCUAUGAACUCUUGAACUUUUGAACUCUGAACUAUGAACUAGGGGAUGAUUUGCACAAAACAAGGUGACAAGGUGCUAACAUUAAAAGCCACCCCAUCGUUCAAGCGCAUGCGUGCAUCUGGAUUCCCUGAAUCUGUGUGUGUGUGCGGUCGCUCCUCCUCAGCGUGUUUACAGCUGUGUGUAUGUGUGCAGAUGCAUGUUUCCAUUUUGUGUGUGUGUGAGAGUGUCGAUGAUGAUACACAUAUGACAGUGAGAGAGUGCGUGGUUGAUUACUAGGGUUUACAUCACUGAAGUUAGUCCACUAUAGCCUUACUGUGAUACGAUCAGAGAUUCCCGGCAGUGGCUGUGUCACACAAACACACACACAGACAAUAGGUACACACAUAUACAGAACAAUGCACACACUCACCUUCGACUCCAGACUGAACAUAAUUGUUUUUCUUGUUUCGUUCUGAGCGGCAUCUUCAGACGUGGACUGUCCUGCCCCAGAGGAAGGGAGAGGCAGAAAGAGAGGGAGCGCGAUCACCCUGGGGAUACUGAAUGAACCCAUUGUUAACAUUUUCUACUGUAACUCACCUUGUAAGUGUGUAGCUGAAGCCUGCGCACAGUCACUGUUUUGUACGCCCAUUCCCAGAUGGCAUUUGCGCUCCUUACCCUCCACUCUGUCUGGCAGCACUCCUUUUUCCUUUUUCAGACAUUGGGUUUCUGAGUUUUUUGGCGAUAUGCUACAUGAGGUGUUCCAGUGAGGAGGAAACGACACAAAGAAAAAAAAUGUGCCAAAAAAUAAACUUUUAACUGUAUAUUUGUCUUUGCUUUAGGACUAUCUUAGUUACAGCAUUCUUGAGCUGUUAGACUCAAUAAUAUGGUGCCAUCUCCUGGAAAUCUUGAGAACUACAGACAUUUGUGAGAUCCUUCAGUAUUUCCUGCAGGUGGAAAUACAGUCAUUGUUAUUCUUUUGUGAAGAUGCAGGAUAUAUAUGUAUAUGAUAUAUUUAUAUAUACACAUGUAUCCUGUGUGUAUCUUACCUGUGAGCUUUGCAUCGACAUGGUUUCUAUUUAACAUUUGAGACAAAGUAUCACAACUGCUUGAUUUUACUGUGAUGAUGAAGGUUAUUAUCCGGCUUGGCUUACUGUUCCCCUAUAAAUACAAACAGAUGACGUGUGCAGUCUGGACUCACACAGGCUGAUGUGCUGAGGAGCAACAAUGCUGUAGUGAAUACCUGGUUGGGUUGUUGUGUAAGUUUACCAAAUUCACAGAUGCAAAAUGAGCAGCGUGUAACAGACUUACACAUCAUUAGGUCAAAUAAGUUCAGCGAGGGGGUUUAUCUUUGUCUUAUUUUCUAAUCAACAAAGCACAAUCUACAUAGUGUAGGGGGAGCAGUUUUUAAAAACCCACUGGGCUCCGGUCACUCACCGGAACCAGUGAUCUUAUCAUGAAAGGGGUUUUUUCUUUCAUUGUUGGUUUUCUCCUUGUUUGCACUGUGAAGUUUAGAAUGGUGGACGUAUCGCUGCAACACCUCAGCCUUGUCUCACAGGGGUCACGUCCCCUUCUCGGCAUCUGAUGAGCAGGAAAAUCAUCAAACUAUUCUCCAAGCGAGUGACACAUACAGCAUUACUGAUACGAUUUUAAUACGCGAAAACCCAAGUUGAAUCGCGAGCACGCAAGAAGCUACCUAGUAAUACUCCGAGAAAGGGUGACAGUGAAGUCUGAGGCAAGAUCUGAGAUGUUGCCCAGGAUAUCUCCACCACAGAGAUAUAUGUUUGUUAUAUUAUGUAAUAAAUUUAUAAUUAAAACAUGA